AAAAUUGUUCAUUAUUUAUAACAGCUUUAUAGUUAUCAACUGUUUUGAAUAUGCUCUCCCUCUUUCUCUCUUUUUUUUUUUAAAUCUUAAAAUUUGUACUGCCUAGAUGCUUGUUUAUGUGGCAACAUCAUUGGACCUAAGUUGGUUUCUUGGGUUGUUUGGUUCGGCUGAAAAGAAAUCACAGAUUUCUGAUGAUAUCAAUAAAGUUGAUGAAUCUAAUUCGUCACGAGGUUACAUAUUAUUGACAAUUGUGAUUGCUCUUGUGUUGUUGAAGUUCUACUGGAUUGGAGAAAACAGAGAAAUCAAUUCCAAUACUAAUGAGGCUGAUGAGGAAGAAGAAGAGGCAGAGCGGAGCAUGGACGAAUCAAAUGGUGAUUUUCAUUGGGCUCAGCAGCUGAGUCACUGGGCAUCCGAGCAUCGCAGUGAGCCUCAAAGAGACGUAAUUCCGUGUGCCUUCUGUGGCAAUUCAAGUACCACAAGAUGUGCUCGCUGCAAGGUUGCUAGAUAUUGCUCAGGAGGAUGUCAAAUAGGACAUUGGAGGUCAGGGCAUAGAUAUGAAUGCAUUGAAUUAGAGAGUGAAGAAGGUGAAGCAACAAAUGUUGAUCAACACCAAACCCAUAUGGUUGUCGACAACUAUGAUAAUGAGAAUAUCCGAAAUGGAUCAUUGAGUUCCAAUGUUGAAAUGAAUGUACCAAGUAGCAGCAGUAAUGUGAAGAAGUCUGAAUCUGAUGUUGGGUGUGAACAAUGUGGUAGACCAAGUACCACCGAAUGUUCACGAUGCAAAUCUGUCAGAUACUGCUCUACAAAGUGUUUGAUUACCAACUGGAGAUGGCAUAAAUAUAAUUGCAUUGCAGGAGAUGUCAAUUCAGCUCAACCAGAAACACCUACUGGAAACGUUGAAUUGCUCAAGAAUUCAAAUGAAGAGAAAGAGAAUAUUCAUUCACCUAGGCCACUCUAUUUGGAGCUUCGUCCUGUUACUACUACUAAGGAACCACAAGUGCAUAAAACUCAAUGGGAGAAACACCUUGAAGAUGAACUAGUAAAGUCUAGGAAAGAGAAUUCCGAACUUCGGUCAGAGUGUGACGAGUGGAAGAAGCGAGCGAGUUUCGCCAGAGAAAGAUUUCAAAGUUUCAAGGAAGAAUCUGAAAAACAAUUGUCUGUGUUGAGAAAUGAAAAUGAGUCAAUUACAAAUGCUGAGAAGAAAGCUUACAUUGUGAUCCAAGGUUUACAAGAGAGACUAAACCACUUGCAGAUUGCAGCACAGGAUUACAUUGCAGAGAAGAAAAAGUUUGAAAAACAUAUACAAAUGGUAGAGAGUGAAUGUACAAAGCUGAAGAAAGAACUACAAGAACAGCAUAAAGAUAUUAAGUAUCUUACACUAGAAUCUAACCGGAGUCACGAGACGGCACAAAUCGCCACAAGAGAAGUUGAAGCAGUAAAACAAGAGCUUAUAGAAGAGCGCAAAAAUGUUCAACGAAUUAAAGAGAAUUUUAUUAGAGAUAUUACAUUCUCCGAUUCAAAAGCUAUUGUCGCCGAGGCAAAACUGAGGGAUCUUCAAAGAAAAACAAAAUUGAGAGAUUAUAAGGCAUGCACUAUAUGUCUGACUAAUGAGAAGGACAUGGCAUUUGGGUGUGGACACAUGACUUGCAGAGACUGUGGAUCAAAGUUAUCAAAGUGUCCAAUAUGUCGUGAGCAGAUCACAAAUCAUAUUAAGUUGUUUUCUGGCUGACUCCCUGUUUUUAAGUGCUUUUGUGGUCACCAAAUAUAGGUUGUACAUAGAUUCUCAUAGUGCCACAAAACAACAUAUAGUAUACAAUUAAAUAAUGUAAUAUAUUUGUAGUAUAACUCUAGUAUACAACUAAAGCCUUCUAUGUAUU